AUGGCCACUACGCUCCGCUCCAUCAAGUCCCUCGUCCCUCUGCUGGACCGCGUGCUCGUGCAGCGCAUCAAGGCAGAGGCCAAGACGGCGAGCGGCCUCUACCUGCCCGAGUCUAGCGUCAAGGAGCUCAACGAGGCCAAGGUCCUGGCUGUCGGGCCCGGAGCGUUGGACAAGGAUGGCAAGCGCAUGCCCAUGGGCGUGUCGGCGGGCGACAGGGUGCUGAUUCCUCAGUACGGCGGCUCGCCCGUCAAGGUUGGCGAGGAGGAGUACCACCUCUUCCGGGACAGCGAGAUCCUGGCCAAGAUCAACGAGAGCAGCAACUGA